AUGGCUUUACAACAGUACAAGAUGUGUGAGUCUGAUAAGACUUCACGGGUUCAAGCAGGAGGGAUGUCGGCCGGCGGCGAGGAGCGGGCCGGGGGGGGGGAGGACGAGGGGGACCCGGAGGGCGUGGCGCUGGCGGGGGGCGUGGCGGCGGCCGGGGGGUCGGCGGCGCCCGUCUACGUGUACGAGUCCAAGGUGCACUGCGCCAACGUGCUGCUGAGCCUGGAGGAGCAGCGGCGGCGCGGCAUCCUGUGCGACGUGACGGUGGUGGUGGAGGGCCGCGUGGAGAUCCGGGCGCACCGCGCCGUGCUGGCCGCCAGCAGCCGCUACUUCCUGCAGGCGCUGCUGGGCCGCGCCGGAGAGGCCGAGCCCAUCAUCAGCCUCCCCGAGAAGGUUACGGCUAAGGGCUUCGGUCCGCUGCUCCAGUUCGCCUACACGGCCAAGCUGGUGCUGAGCCGCGAGAACAUCGGCGAGGUUAUCCGCUGCGCCGAGGUGCUCGGCGUGCACAACCUGGAGGACUCCUGCUUCCGCUUCCUGCAGGCCCAGCUGCAGAACGACGGCGAGCAGCACAUCACCAACGGCCGAGCGGCGUACGACAGCGACGGCAACCGAGAGCCCGACGAAGACGACGACGACGACGACGGCGACGUCGUCGCGACCGAAGAGCACUUCCUGUCCAAGGCGCCGGGGGUGAGGUCGACGGACGUCGCCGAGGAGACCGUUGAGUGGCAGCACGAGCAGGGUCACGCCGCCAUCGACCUGCCGCGCUGCGCCAAAUACAGGAAGUACCAGUACCAGGACCCGCAGCAUCAGAACGGAGACGGCCAUCACGGCGACGCCGAUGGGGACCUAGUCAACCAUACCUCAGUGGGCUCCCGGAGCCCCAGGCCCUCUGACAACGGCACAGCUGCCCCUCCUCCUCCCCCCACUCCUCCUCCCCAUUCACAGGGGCACCUCCUCACCCCCUCCAGGAUCAAAGAGGAGCCCUUUGUGUUUGAGGGGGAGGGGGAGGGGGGCGGCAGUAGCUGCCCUCCGGAGUCCUGCGCUGAGGAGGAGGUGCUGGAGAUGGAGCUGGAGGUGGAGGGGGGCCCCGUGGCCUCGGAUCUGUCCCCCGGCGACAGCGGCAGUCUGCCCAGCUCCUGCCUGCGCUCCUACCUCCAGAGGGGAGGCCUGGAUCUCACGGGGGUUCCCAGCACAACCAUCCAGCAGCUGCUCUCCAGCAGACUGUCCCUGGAUCACUACCGGGAGCUCGCCCGGGAACGGGAGCGCGACAGGGAGUCGGCCCCCCAGAGCCACUGCCGCAGCGGGGACCUGAAGGCGACCUCGCUGGAGCCCGCCAACGGCUCCAAGGCCGAGGUGGAGCUGGACCGCCGUAGCGUCAUCUUCUCCUCGGCCGACGGCGAGCGUCUGGGAAGGCCAGGACCCCACGCCUACUCCACCUCGUCCGAGCGGAAGUUCACGGAGAAGGAGCCGCCGCCCGACCUCACGAAGGCGCCGUGCGUCCCUUCCACCAAGCACUUCCCCUCGGCGCUCCUGUCCUCCUCUUCCUCCCCGUUCGGGGACCAGGCCUCCUCGGUCGCCCGGCCGCGCCCCGCCUCCACCGCCGCCCCGACCACCGCUGCCCCCACCAGCUGCCCCAUCGCCGUCCCGGUCCGGAUGGCCACCCGCUCACCCUCCCACCCGGCCGCCGAGCCCCGGACACGCACCUCCAGCUCCUGCUCCUCCUUCUCCUACCUGGAGGACGGGGGCAGCGGGGGCUCCCCGUCCAGCCUGCCGCAGUACGACUUCUCCUCGUCCUCGCCGCGCUCGCGCUCGCGCUCGGGCUCGGGCUCGGUGUCGGGGCUGGCCCGCUGCCUGGCCGGGGGCGGCGAGGAGCAGGGCAACCACGCCGCCGACGCCGUCUUCACUCAGGGUCGCGCCAAGAUCAAGCGCGAGCACAGCGGCUACGGGCCCAACGGGACCAACUCCAGCGACGAGUCGGGAUCCUUCUCCGAGGGCGACAGCGAGUGCGGCGUGCCCAGGGAGCCGGGGCCUGAGGUGAAGCUUCCCUUCCCGGUGGACCAGAUCACCAACCUGCCCCGCAACGACUUCCAGAUCCUGGUCAAGAUGCACAAGCUGAGCUCGGAGCAGCUGGAGUUCAUCCACGACGUGCGACGGCGCAGCAAGAACCGCAUCGCCGCCCAGCGCUGCCGCAAGAGGAAGCUCGACUGCAUCCAGAACCUGGAGGUGGAGAUCCGCAAGCUGGUCAAUGAGAAGGAGAAGCUACUGAGCGAGCGCAACCAGCUCAAGGUGUGCAUGGCCGACCUCUGGCAGAACCUCUCCUACCUCUCCCAGGAGGUGUGUCGGGACACCCAGGGCAGCCCAGACCAGGCCCACGACGACCCCGCACUGGACUCCGCCUCCGCCGCGGGGGCUCUGUCGCGGGCCGCUUGGGCCAGCGCGGCCCCCACCAGCAUCGACCUCACAUCCAACCCCGGGUCGCCUUCCUCCGAACGACGGGGGCCCGGGAUGCAGGGGUACAGCUUGGGGCGGGAGGAGCGGGGGCCUCCUGCUGUCUCUCCUCCGCCUCCUUGUCCUCCCCCUUCAUCGCAGGAGGGCGGCUCCAGCGGGGAUGUAUGUAGCGCCACCGUGACGGUAGACUUCUGUCAGGAGAUGACGGAGAAGUGCACAACAGCCGAGCAGCAGGCACACAGUUGUGCUUAAAGAAAAAAGAAAUGGCCGCUGGCUAUCUACUUCUUAUUAUUUUCUCUUUGUUCUUUUACGUGUUUUCGAGUCUUUGAAACUUUUACAUGUCUCUCUACCUUGAUAUUUGAAGUCCAAUUUGUAGUUGGUGUUAUUUUUGUUUUUUUGUAAUGAACAACACUAGAGUUGUCUUAUCAGCAAUACUGGUCACCAGGUAUCUCUUUUGGACUGGUUACAAUACCAUUACCACGGGCAGCUUUUUCUCUCUCGGGCCCUGUCCACAUGUUUGCAUCUUAUUUUGAAAAUACAAAACUCCAGUUCCUUCUAAUUUUUUAGAAAAUCUCUGCCCAAACGAGAAAGCAAAAGUGAUAGAAAAUGCGCAUAUUGGCCAGGCCAAUAGGUGGCGACUUUGUAUCCAAUAUAUAAGGUAAAUACCAAUUGAACAAGGACGCUCUGUGCAGAUGGUUUACUGCCAAAGCAAAUUGAGGCCAUGAUGUCACCGUUUAAAAAAUAAAUCGGUUUCACAUUGCAACUUUCAGCGGAAGACAGGCCAAAACAAAUAGCCAAUACUAUGUUUUCAGAAAUAUAAGUAGGUAAAAUAAGUAUGUUUUCAGAAAUAUAAGUAUAAUAAGUCAUAAGUACACUUGUGGAUGGGGCCUCACUCCUUCUCUCUCUUGCUGUCACUCUUCUUCUCUUUCUUUCUAUCUCGGCUCCCCACUUCUCUUUCGUGCGCCAGGGGAGGUUAAACUCAGGAAUUACUCAGAAUGUUCAGUAAUGUCUCCCUGCUAAUAUGUACACACAUUUUUACUUUAGAGUCCUGUCAUAACUUGUAACCACUAAGAACCACCAUAGUGUGGCUGUAAGUACUUAUUUACUUACGUACAGGAAAUAUUUUCCAGUGGCAUUAACAGGGUCUGUUUUAACCUAUGGUUCAAACACAACCCACUCCGGUUAUUUGCUAAAGAAAUGAAAUGACACACGUUUUGAAAUGAUGUCAGAACUGACACAGAUAUCAACAAUCAACAUUUAAGGAGUGAAACAGGACUUUAAAGUGAAAUGUUACCAAAGGUAUGAAUUUGUAAAAUUUGUACAUUUUAAUGAACUGGGUGGAAUGAGCUGUCAUUAUGCAAAGGUUUCAAAUUUUACUUUCUUCGGACUUCAAGUUCACAAUCGCCGCACUGAAGUGGACUUUUCUGCAUACCCUAUCUCCCCUCACAUUUAACUUCCCCAUAUCAGAGCGAUACAGUGAGGACACAUGUGUGCUACACAAGGAAAUGUUUCAAAUAAUUGGCAAAACACAAAGUAGGAGCACUAUCUGAGCACCUCCAAGAGGCCACGUUUAGCGUUCAAAAGCAGAGGAUCGAGGAAUGACCCCGGCACUUACAGGCGGACCUCAACAGAGCAACUUAAUCAGACCGUUUGUUUGAGCCAGUAAUUUAUUGUCUAUUGAAUCUAUGAGUGAGUUGUCCCUCCAUUUGGCUCUGGGAUCCACUGUUGAUGUUGUGUUGUACAUAGAAGUCAAAUUACCCCUACGGAAUAAGCAUUUGGUAUAUUUAUGUAGGACGUUUGCGCAAUUGAAAAUGUUUUACAUUUUCGUUUUUUUUGUUGUGGUUUUUUGAAUUCACGCAAAAUAUCCGAUCAUUCUCUUUUCAGCUUUCGAUUAAGUGCAUCUAAUGGUGCAUACUUACAAAUUACAAGCUUCAAGAAAACAAAAAGGAGACUAUAUCAUUGCAUUAUUGGUUGAGGGAGAUGCCAAAUUAUUUAGCUGUUAAGUCAAUUCCGAAGCACGUGGCAGGGUAGGCAAUGACAUGGAAAAUGUUGGCUGGACGUGUGUGUGUGGGGGGGGGGGGUUUGGCCCUGUACAUUUUUGCAUUUUACAACACCAUGGAGGGUUUUAGGAUCAGAACCUGUUUUAACAAAAGUCUAGAUCUAAAUUGUGAAUCUCCAAUGUUGUUCGGGGUCCCCUUUUUGGACCUUGAGGUUUUGGGGCCGUCCUCUGUAGAUUGGAUGUACGAUUGUGUUAUGGAUUACAAGUAUACCCAUGGUAAAGACGUGGCCAAUAGGUUAUUACAAAGACGGACCCAAAGUCAUGAAAUAAUCAACCAUUCCAGAGCAUGACAGUAAGGUUUAACUGAAGAUGAAACUAGCCACCACAAAUAAUCCAGAGAUUGUCAAAAAAAUAAAUCUAAACACGGACAGACCCUUAAGAAAACACUGAAGAACAGCUGAUGUUAGAUAGGCGUUGAUUCAUGUGAACAUGCUAAUUUAUUUAUUUGU